AUGGGUAACCGAGUCACCCGUGGGGAUUUCGAGUGGGUUUACACUGACCAGCCCCAUACGCAACGGAGGAAGGAGAUUUUGGCCAGAUAUCCAGCCAUCAAGUCUUUAAUGGGUUCAGAUCCCCGUUUAAAAUGGAUUGUGACAGGAAUGGUAUUCACUCAGCUUCUUGCCUGUUACCUGACGAGAAAUUUAGCCUGGAAGUGGGUUUUCUUCUGGGCUUAUGGUUUUGGGGGCUGCAUCAACCACUCCAUAACAUUAGCAAUCCAUGACAUCUCUCACAAUGUUGCCUUUGGCAACAAGCGGGCCAAGUGGAAUAGGUGGUUUGCAGUCUUUGCCAACUUGCCUGUUGGAUUACCUUACUCUGCCUCUUUCAAGAAGUACCACAUUGAUCACCAUCGAUACCUUGGUGGAGAUGCUUUGGAUGUGGACAUUCCAACUGAUUUUGAGGGCUGGUUCUUCUGUACUCCAUUUCGGAAACUAAUCUGGAUUGCCAUCCAGCCAUUUGCUUACAGUUUGAGGCCACUAUAUGUCAACCCCAAAGCAAUUACUGAGAUGGAAAUAUUUAAUGCUUUGAUACAAUUCUCCAUCGACCUUAUAAUCUAUUAUUUGUGGGGUUGGAAGCCUAUUGUUUAUUUAAUAGCAGGAACGAUCCUGGCCAUGGGUUUGCACCCUAUUUCUGGGCAUUUCAUAGCAGAGCAUUACAUGUUUUUGAAAGGAUAUGAGACAUAUUCGUACUAUGGACCCCUCAACUGGCUCACCUUUAAUGUUGGCUAUCAUAUGGAACACCAUGAUUUUCCCAGCAUUCCUGGAUCUAGGCUGCCAAUGGUAAAGAAAAUAGCAGCUGAAUAUUAUGACACCCUACCUCAACACCAGUCAUGGGUACUUGUUCUCUGGGACUUUGUUUUUGAUGAUAACAUCGGUCCUUAUUCAAGGGUUAAAAGAAAGUGUAAAUUGGUUUCUAAAUCUUCCUAGAUUCCAGCUCCAGCUUUUCCUUCUGGACUUCUGCACCUUGAACAUUUUUCCCUCGCAAGCAUGAAUGAUGCAUUUGAUGAAGUGUCUUAGGUAGAUGCAGCUGUUGUAUGUUUCUGAAUCCAAAGGAUUGUCUUAAAUCCAAAUAUGAAGAAAUAUGCAAAUGAACUAUUUUCUUUGCUACUGUGCAAUGCAAAAUUCAGAGCACGGAGAACCCUGAAUUUAUAGAUUUGGAAAGUAGAGAAGAGAAAGGUGGCUAUCUCCGUAUAUUUUGACUAAUUAAAGUAUAUGGCUAGGAAGUCUGAUAUUGCCUACAAUAGACCCCUCUCCAUCUCUGUAUGGCUCUGUAUGGAUGGCUCAGGAAUUCUGGGAGUUGAAGUCCACAAGUCAUAAAAGGGCCACGGUUUCCCAUCCCUGGUCUAGACAGAGAGGUUUGUCAAUGCAUAUUAGUUGCAAUAAUUAAAUCAGACCUCCCCACUGCUACAGGCAGGUUACAAAGUACCCAGCAGUGUAUAUUUAAAGUGAUUGAAUAGCAGGCAGCUCUGUUUAUGAUUUUCAUUAUUUAAAGAGAAAGCCCAUAUGUACCUACUUAGAAGUAAUAUCAAUAGAAAUUAAUACAAUCAUCAAGGUAAAUAGGUUAGGAUUGCAGCCUAAAAUGGAUUGAGGCAAAUAUAUUCUUAAUACAGGUAUGUGCAAUUGUAGAGAUAACACAGCCUGAUAGCAAUGAAUAUUGCGUGCUUCAGUGCUUGGUAUUCCUAAUUAUAUAAGGGGCAGUAGUUAAUAUUGGAAAAUGUUCUAAGCAAGGUGAAUGAUACUGGUUUGGAUGGAAAAAUGGCAGACUAAUUUAUAACUUAUUUUUACCUACCUGGUUCUCCUUUUUUUCCUUUCUUUUUAGGCUACUACAUAGUUUCCAGAGGGGUUAAGCAUGUUAUUCUAGUGCAGCAAAAAACCAACAAAAUCUGUGUUACCUUAAAGAUGAAUGUAUUUAUUAUCACAUAAGCUUUCAUGGACUACAGUCUGCUUCCUCAGAUGCAUGGUUCAUUAUUCUGAAAUUUAUAUUAUAUACUCUUGAUAUGACAACUCACCCCCCCCCCCACCAACAAACAAACAAAAAACACAACCCCAGCAGUCACAUAGCUCCUGAAGUGUGAAAUUGGAGGUGCUUCCACAUUAAAAAAAUCAAAGUUUUCAAAGGAACCAAAAAACUUUAUAAAAAAACCUAGCCAGUGCUCCACUUAUUCUUAUCUAGUACCCCCCCACUUCACCCCCAUGUUGUAAGUUAUUAAGCAACGUGAGAUGCACAGUAUUCUUACUGCUUUCUAAUCAGCAAUGGAUGUUUUAUAGUCCAAGGCAGGAAAAGAAAUCAUAUAUUCAGGACACAUAUGUUAGGCUUGAUCACUGACUUUCCCACAAAGUGAAAGUCUGAGGAGACUUUUGAGGGUCCUGUUCAGGAGAAACUGCCAUAUAGUUUCAAGAGAAAAGAGUUUCAAGGAUACUAGCAAAAUUUUUUGUGUGGGUUCCACAUAACUCUUAGUGGUUUGCUCAAGCCAACAUACAUUUAAGCCUAAGCAAAGUAAAAUAGUUUGCUAUUAGUUAUCACACAGUAUUUAUGACAAAAUAUUGGAUGAUGUGUUAUGGGGAGAUCUAUUCAGUGCAAACUUGUUUCGGGAGAGGAAUACUAGUAAUUCUGAAUAUAACCACUAUAUACAGAAGACAUGCUUUAAAAUGAUGAAAGACAUUUUGUCUUUGGAGUUGUUCUAUUCUCCAGUCUAGAUCCACUGAUUUGCAGCCAUCAAUUUUGUAAAUUGAUAUAUUUCAUACAAUAGCCAAGAGAUGUAAACAUGAAAAUGUGAAUUUUCUAUUUCUCUAACUGUAUUUCUGGUAGCACCACCAGAGGUCAGAUAAAGACCUGGUUUACACAAUAUGGAAACCAUAAUAAGAUUUCCUUAAUUUGGUAUAACGUCUUGUGUGAAUUCGGACAAUUCAAUAAACCAUGGCUUCAUUCAAUGUGUAAACAUAGUC